GUGCUGCGUCACUAGAGCACUGCGGGAGUCACAAACACCAGUGAUUCCCCUGCAGUAUGAGAGAGCAGGAUGGAGGAGGGGGGGGAGAGAGGUGAGUGCUGCUGCAGAACAACGUUUAACCCUGGGUGAGGACUAAAACGCUCCACAGCGGAACAUCUGCUUCACGUCCCGUUGUCAUAGUCAUGUUUGGAAAACAGCGUCAGCCUUUGAUCUUGGUUGGAACGUCCUUGUUGGUGUCUGUCUUGAUCUCUGCCCUCUCAGUGUCUUCUCUGCCUGUGAACACAGAAAAGGGAAGGAGAAAAGUGGUGCAUGUUCUCGAGGAUGACACUGGAGCUGUGAUUGUGCAGACAGCACCUGGUAAGGUGGUGACCCAUCGAGGUGGCUCCAUCACUCUGCCCUGCAGAUUCCAUCAUGAGCCAGAAAGCACCGAUCCCAAUCGCAUUCGGAUUAAAUGGACCAAAGUGACUGACGCUCUGCAGUUUGAGGACGUCUUCGUGGCACUCGGAAAGCAGCAGCGGGUGUUUGGCUUGUACAGAGGGCGUGUGUUUUUGGAGCAGGCAGGACCAGGAGACGCCUCAGUUAUUAUUCAAAAUGUCACACUGGAGGACUAUGGACGGUAUGAGUGUGAAGUCACUAAUGACAUGGAGGAUGAUACAGGAUUUGUCAACCUUGAUUUAGAAGGGGUGGUUUUUCCCUACUACCCCCAUGAUGGGCGCUAUAAACUCAACUACCACCAGGCCGAGGAUGCCUGCAAACACCAGGACGCCAUCCUGGCCUCUCAUUCUCAACUGCACAAAGCCUGGCUGGAUGGACUAGACUGGUGUAAUGCUGGAUGGCUUGAGGAUGGCUCAGUCCAGUACCCUAUCUCUCAUCCCAGAGAUCAGUGUGGCCGUAAGGACACUCCAGCUGGUGUUCGUAACUAUGGCUACAGGCACAAGGAGGAUGAGCGCUAUGAUGCCUUCUGCUUCACUUCCAAACUCAAUGGCAAAGUAUACUUCCUCAAACGCUUCAAGAAGGUGAACUAUGCAGAGGCGAUGAAGGCAUGCAUUAGAGAUGGCUCAAUGGUGGCCAAAGUUGGUCAACUGUAUGCAGCAUGGAAGUUUCAGCUUCUGGAUCGCUGUGAAGCCGGCUGGCUGGAAGAUGGUAGCAUCCGGUACCCCAUAGUCAACCCUCGCGCUCGUUGUGGAGGAUCCCAGCCGGGAGUCCGACACCUGGGCUUUCCUGAUAAGAAAUUCCGCCUUUAUGGCGUCUACUGCUUCCGUAAUAACAAGGAUGAAACAGCAGGUGGUAUUAAAGUGACAAAAAACCCUACAGAUAGAUUAUCGGGGUGGAAAAGCAGCAACAGCAUCCCCAUGAAUGCUACAAGGGUGAUUUAAAGUGUUGAGAGAGACAGCAUGAAGAUGAUGCAAUUUUAGAUUCAGCUGCAAGUAUCGUCUUGAAGUCAAACUCCAUUCAUCACUCAGUAAAGUAAAACACACAUAGACAAGAUACUCAUCUGCAGAUUUGUUGGAGAAAGGGAGUGAUGCUGUUUAAAAUUAAGGUUGACAUGUUUAUUAGGAUUAUUUUCCUCUCGUCUUCAGUCUGUCAUCUUCAACAGAACAUAUCGGUCACAUGGAAAAUGGUAAGAUUAAAUAGCAGCUUGAUCAUCACUCAAGCACACAUCAGAUCAGGGAGUCUGCCAUUAAUAUUCUUGUUUACAUGUGUGUGAAAGAUAUCUUAGCAUCCGCUGUGACGCCUGAGCUCUGAUCCCAAGUCUGAGCCAGAAUCUCAGUGCCAGUGUGAAAACAUUAAUAAUUAACUGAGGUGGGAUGAUAUGCCUGAUUGUAUGGAAAAAAUCCAAGAUGCCCUCUAUGUUUUCAGUGUGACUGUGUGGGUCUGUGUUUCAUACUUGGUUAGCAGCUCUCUUGCUAAAUGUUCUUGUCUACUAAGACCUGGCAAUUCUAGCAGGCCAAGAUUGCCAGAUUGAGCAGGCCAAGUAAUAAAUAUUGCACUAGCUCUUAAGUCGUUGCACUUUAAAUGCAAAGAGCUUCAUUUUAUGGAAGCAUAUUAGAUCAACUUAGGCAUGCAUGUAUUGUUUGGCUGACAGUAGUUGCUGGGGCUGAAUUAAACAAAAGUACAAAGCUACAAUAGUUGUUUACUCCACAUACUGUACUUCUAGGCUAACAGAGGCAUCAACUACACCAUCAACAGUCAUUACAAAGUAGGUUUGCAGCUAUGCAAUGGAUGAAUGUUUUAGGAGAAAUAAAAGUCUCAAAGUUGUUUAUUUGAA